AACACUUUACUAUACGAGAACACCGAAUACAUUACCAAAAUUUACAUCCUAGAACUCCCCUGAUCUCACUCUCUCUCUCUCUCUCUCCGGAGCCCAAACUCUGAGUCGAUCCGAUCUCCAUCUUCUUCAACUGCCGAUAGCCAGACAGACAAACAAACAAACAAACACGACGUCGACAAUGGUGUUCCGCCCGCGGCUUGAUUUGGGUGCACCGAAUUGAAAUGCAGUCAAAUUGGCCACCACCACUGGCGCUGAGUCCGUUCGCAUCCACUGGCGUUUUGAGCGGCGACGGGGGUUUCGACGGGACUAGGGCUUUACUAUUCACUUCGUUGAUUUUCUUCCAAGGGGGCGGCGGGGGCGGCAUGGACUUAUCCAAGGUCGGCGAGAAGAUUCUCACCUCUGUUCGCUCCGCCAGAUCUCUCGGCCUUCUUCCCCCCACUUCCGAUCGUCCCGAGGUUCCUGCACGAGCUGUAGCAGCAGCUGCUGUUGCUCGUGCUCUUGCUGGUCUACCUCCACACCAGAGGCAUAGUCUUUCAUCAAGCUCUGAAGAGUUGAGUUCAAUAUAUGGAAGCAGGCCCCAUGGCCAAGUGGUGGAGGAGAUAGAGGAAAAUUUUUAUGAAGAGGAUUUUGAUCCUGUAAGACACGUUUUAGAGCACAUCCCAUCUGAAGAAAAUGACUUAGCAUACUUUGAAGAAAAGGCUACUCUUAGAUUAGCACAACUGGAUAGGAUACAAGAGCGUUUAUCCCGCCAUGUUAUGGAGCAUCACGAAGAAAUGGUGAAGGGGAUGCAUUUGGUGAGGGAAUUGGAGAAAGACCUGAAGGUGGCAAAUGUCAUUUGCAUGAAUGGGAGAAGGCAUCUAAUCUCAUCGAGGAAUGAGGUAUCAAGGGAUCUCGUCGUUACAACAAGUUCCAAAAAGAAGCAAGUGUUGCUGGACAUGAUUCCAGUUUUAACUGAGCUUCUUCAUGCAUUGGAUAUGCAAGUGGUGCUUGAAGACCAUGUUGAGGAAGGAAACUUCUCUAAGGCAUUCCAAGUCCUAUCUGAGUAUUUGCAGAUUUUAGACAGUUUGUCUGAGCUUUCGUCCAUACAAGAGAUGAGCCGUGGUGUUGAGGUUUGGCUGGGAAAAACUCUUCAGAAACUGGAUUCACUUUUAUUAGGGGUGUGCCAAGACUUCAAAGAGGAGGGCUAUAUAACUGUGGUUGAUGCUUAUGCAUUAAUUGGUGAUGUUUCUGGUCUUGCUGAAAAGAUUCAAAGCUUCUUUAUGCAGGAGGUUCUGUCAGAAACCCAUUCUGUAUUGAAGAAUCUAUUGCAGGGGGAUCUGGAGACUUCAAAUAUGCAAAGUAGUAGACUUACCUACAGUGACCUCUGCCAUCAGAUACCUGAAUCAAAGUUUAGGCAAUGUUUAUUAACAACACUAGCUGUUGUAUUCAAGUUGCUGAGUUCAUAUUAUGCAAUAAUGAGUUUUCAGCCUGAUUGUAAGGUUUCAUCUUGCCACACCCCACAAAUAAAGCAGAAGCAAGAUGAUAUCCCUGGGGAUAUUCAGCAUCUUGAUUCAGCAAAUGAAAGUUCUUAUAGUCCAAAUGUAGAUGAUGUCUCGCUCUCUGAAUCUAUGCACAGAGUGGACAUGACAGCUACCGCCUCUUCAGCUGAUGCUACUGAAACUGAUGGUUCCAUGUGUACAAAAGCUCCCGAUUCCAUUGAUGAGUCAAGGAAUGGUGGGAGUGAUGCUUCAAGCAGUGGAUCCCCAUGGUUCCAGCUGAGGAAGGAUGCUACAGUAUUUGUUUCACAGACCUUGCAUAGAGGUCGCAAGAAUCUUUGGCAACUAACAACAAGCCGCGUAUCAGUGUUGCUUUCCUCUGCUGCAGUUUGUUCAACGAGCAUUCAUCAAUUUUUGAGAAAUUAUGAAGAUCUGAAUAUCUUCAUCUUGGCUGGGGAAGCUUUUUGUGGUUCUGAAGCAGUUGAGUUCAGGCAGAAAGUGAAAACCAUUUGUGAAAACUAUUUUGCUGCUUUUCAUCGGCAAAAUAUAUAUGCACUAAAAAUGGUUUUGGAAAAGGAGAAUUGGUUACAAUUGCCACCAGAAACUAUACAAGUUGUAAGUUUUGCAGGGCUUGUCGGUGAUGGAGCAGCCCUGAUUGUUCCAUCUGACCGUAACUCUCCUAAUAAAAGAGUUCUACGAUCCAGUGAGCCAGCAGAUUUAGUUGAAACGGACUCUAAGAAGAGUGGAUUUUCAUAUUGGCUUAAAAGUGGUAACCCAUUUUUGGUGAAACUAAGUGCCAAAGAGCAUAAUGAUUCCUUCUCACCUAAAGGGCCAGUCUCUGGAGAACCUAAUGGAAUACAUAAUGAGAAUCUUCACACUUACACGUUUCCGCCGAAAAACAAUGAUGCUAUUCAUGGAAAUGGAACUACUACCGUCUCUGAAGAUGAAAAUGAAGAUCUUCAUGCAGACUUCAUUGAUGAAGACAGUCAACUCCCAAGUCGGAUUUCCAAGUCCAAUCAUUCAAGAAAUUAUUCAGCUCAUAGUAAUGGUGAAGAAGGGAUAGCACAAACAGGAUCAUCACUUUGUCUUCUUAGGUUGAUGGAUAAAUAUGCAAGGCUUAUGCAGAAGCUGGAGAUAGUCAAUGUUGAGUUUUUUAGGGGAAUUUGCCAAUUGUUUGGGAUUUUUUUCCAUUUUGUUUUUGAAGCCUUUGGUCAGCAUCACAGCUUCUCAAGUGGAAAAGGCUUGACUGACUCGCUUAGUUAUCGGCUAAAGACAACAUUAUCCAGAAUAGCCCAAGAUUGUGAUCAAUGGAUAAAGCCCCAGUCUGUCUCUUUAUCUUCCUCUUCACCAACGUCAAUGAAUACCUCCCUCAGUCAUACGGAUGUGACACCUACUAGUCCACGCAGCACCAAUUUUGGCUACUUGCCUACCACAUCUUUUGGUCUCAAGGAAAGAUGUGCGGGUGCUGACACUAUAUCUCUUGUUGCUCGAUUAUUGCAUAGAUCUAAAGUUAAUCUUCAGUCGAUGCUUCUGCAAAAUAAUGGAGCUGUAGUUGAAGAUUUUUAUGCACAUAUGGUGGAUUCUGUACCAGAUCUUACUCAACAUAUUCAUAGAACGACUGCAAGAUUACUUCUUCAUAUUAACGGCAGGUAUGUUGAUCGCAUUGCCAACGCUAAAUGGGAAGUUAAAGAGCUUGGACUAGAACACAACGGUUACGUAGAUUUGCUGCUGGGAGAAUUUAAGCACUACAAGACAAGGCUUGCUCAUGGAGGAAUUCAGAAGGAGGUUCAGGACCUCCUCUUAGAAUAUGGACUUGAAAUUGUUGGUGAAACUCUCAUUGAAGGCCUAUCGCGAGUGAGGAGGUGUUCUGAUGAGGGACGAGCUCUUAUGUCAUUAGAUCUUCAGGUUUUGAUAAACGGCCUACACCAUUUUAUCUCCCUAAAUGUGAGACCAAAAUUUCAAACAGUUGAAACUUUCAUCAAGGCUUACUAUCUUCCUGAAACUGAAUAUGUGCAUUGGGCACGCAAACAUCCGGAAUAUACAAAAACUCAAAUCAUAGGGUUGAUCAAUCUCGUUGCCACGAUGAAAGGAUGGAAAAGAAAAACAAGGUUGGAAGUGCUAGAAAAGAUCGAGGGAGCUGGAGUUUAGCUUCUGCUAGUGUUGUUUGUAAGAUUUCAAGGAUAUAGCUCUUAACUAAAUUUUGUACCUCAUCUUUGUCGCCCCUUUAAAUGAGUUAUGUAAAUUGCGUAAUUGCUUAGUCUCUCUUAUUGAUAUAGAGACAGGGCUGUAUAUCUUCUUGUCUCUGAUUGUAAUAUAAUUUCUACCCUUCAAGGCUACAUAAAAUGUAAUUUUGGAUCACAUUACAGAGGAAAUAAAUAAGUUUACUGGUGCACAGUUAAAGA